AAGCGAUAUAAUCUAAAAGAUCUCGGAAAGGAAUGGCUGGCAUCAUCAAGAGGCAAAUUUUAAAGCAUUUAUCCAGGUUCACCAAGAACUUAUCCCCUGAGCAGAUACAUUUGAGUACUCUGCGUGGUGAGGGACAGCUGACAGAUCUGCAGCUGGAUGAAGAAGCACUACAAAACAUGCUGGAUUUGCCCACAUGGCUUGCAAUUAAAAGGGUGUAUUGUAACCAUGCCAGAAUCCAGGUACAGUGGACCAAGUUAAAGACCCACCCGAUCUGUCUGAUGCUUGAUAAAGUGGAAAUUGAGAUGAAGACCUGUGAGAAUCCUAGACCUCCCAAUGGGUCCUCACCUAUUGCUUUAGCUUCAGGUCAAAAUGAAUAUGGCUUUGCAGAGAAGGUUGUAGAGGGCAUACUUCUUGAUGUAGGCUGUGUCACUAUCAAAAUUGAGUCCCACACAUUCCAAGCAUCGCUGCAGCUUUGGCAGCUUCAAUGUUACAGUGUUAGCCCAAAUUGGCAGAAAAGUGAUCUGCGCUUCACUCGUAUUACUCAUCCAGAGCGGGGAGAGGUCCUUACCUUUAAACAGGUGACAUGGCAGACUCUGCGUAUUGAAGCAGAUGCCUCUGAGAGCUGUGAGGAUCACCGUAGUACACCUCUGCGCUUACUAACCAAUGGGGGACGAUUACACAUUGCUUUAAAAAGAAGGGUAAAGGAUUGUCUGGUGUUGUCCUCCAAGUUAUCCUUCAUCCUUGAUGAUCUACUAUGGGUCCUCACGGACUCUCAACUCGGGGCCUUACUUUCAUAUUCAAAGUCUUUGAGUGAAAUUGUCCAGAAAUCUGUAAGACAGAGGAAAGAGGCUGGAGGGGGGCAGGUUCCUUCCUCCCCUACUGUUUCCACAGUACGGUCGCUGACCUCCCCUCAACCUCUCCGCCCAUCUAGUUUAGGUCAGUACUUUGACAGGUUUGAGGUUAAGGAGACAUCAUAUCAUCUACUACUCUCCAAGCUGGACCUUCACAUAUGUGAUGAGAGCCGAACCAGAGGGACAGUAUCAGGAGGAGCUAUCCAGCUAACCCUAUGCAGAAUCACACUAGACUACUAUCCCUCCCACAUAGCUGGGCAGAGCUGUAGCCACUGGCAUCGUGUAUCUUCCGCAAUGGGGACAUGUGAGCAGUGGAUACAAGCAAUAGCAGAGGAGAGAAAAGGCAGAGAAGAAAUAUCUGUUACUGCACAGGGACACGCAUCUCCUCUUAAACAAGGACAUAGCACCAGGGGCCCCUCUGACCCAAUAGUGCAUUACCGCUCUGUGUUGGUCCGGGUAGAUGAUAUGCAUAUACAUCAGGUAUCCUCUUCUGGUCAGACUCCACAGAAACCACCUCUUCUUUCUUGUGGUCAUAUUCCUACUGCUUGCUCAGCAGUACAUUUGCAGUAUACAGAAUAUUACUGUCUACCAGGGGAAAGCUUCCCAGUUCCAUCCCCUGCUCUAUACAUCCAGCUCCAUGGUUUGUUGCUAUCACUUGCUACGCCUUCCAUCUUAUGGUUGAAUCUCUUUAUGGUAGAUCUCUAUGACCACCUACAGCAGUUGUCUUCUGUAAGUUCAGCCCAGAAUGAGGAAGCGCAUAGAGACAUACGUCUAGACGGAUUCAACCUAAAGUUCAGCGUACCUGUGCCAUCACCUCCAUAUAGCCCUCCGGAACGCCCCUCUUCCGUGUGUGCUCAGCUUUCUACUGUUACCUUAACAAAUACACGACAAGCUCCAGGUUCCUCUUUGGACCUCCUCCAAUGUACCUUCAGGACAUUUGCUGCACAACCAAACUUUCAUUGGCCCCAAGGACCCCUACAUCCUGUAUUUAUUUCACAUGCUUACCCUUCUUCUUCCUCUCUAUCAAGUACUCUAUGGAGCUUGUAUAGUUCCGGCCUAUCAGUAUACUUCGAGGGGAUUAAUCCCAAGCAUCAGGAUUUCCUUAAUCCUAUCCAGUUUACUGCUUGGGCCUGUUUUCUGCGCCCAGAGCAUCAACUACAUGUACUAGUGAGUGUUGACAAUGAGGUAACAUUGCAGCUUAAUCACUAUCAAUAUCUCACCUUGAUCCGUACCCAUGACCAUUUGCAAAAUUUAGUGGACAACUUGCAAAGUUUUGACCUGGCAAUUCCCCCUCUUCCUCCGAUUUUAGUCUGUGUAGGCAUACUGAUCUCAGAAGUAAGUUUGUCUCUUUUACUCCCCGAUUAUACCUCACUGGGAACCCUUCCUAAGCUGAGAGACUCAGAGAGAAGCAGUCUUGGUUUGGAUAUGGCAGAAGUGGGUAUAGAAAAUAAGGAGACUCUGGGGGCAAGUCCUACUGAGGACGAAAAAGGACCUGAUACUAGUCAUGGGAUGGAAGCAUGCCGUGUAUCUAUGGAUAAUACAAUGCAGCAAAGACUUUUUUACCAAGAUAAUCUACACAAGAUACUGCACGUGGAGGAACAGGCUCAAAUGAAGAAAAUGGCUCAAGAUUGUCUGCAGGGAAAAGAGCUGGUGUAUGACUCUUUACUGAGCACGCUUGGUGUGUCACGGGAGACAAUCAGUUUGGGAAAGGACAGAAUACAGCGUUUUUUAAAAGAUACCAGACAUAAAGAGAAUGAACAUUCCGAGUGUCAUCCCAACGCUCCACUUACUCGAGUGCAGUCACAACAGUCUCUUGAUGCUGCCUCAGUAGAGGGUUUUGAUGCAGUUUCUCUUGACAGUGAAGCUAGUGAUAGCUUUAUUUUUCUACUUGAUUCAGAUAGUCACUUGUCUUCUAGAGAAACAGAGGGAAAUGUAGAAACAGAGCCAGAUGAUGCAUCAAAAACCACAAAAGGGCCUGAACCACAUCAGAUUUUGUUGGUGACUCUUAACAAUUUAACUUCUCUAUGCCAUUUCCGGGGGGAUGGUACUUCUGUUUCUUUUGAAGCCAUGCAUGUCAGUUGUGGACCAAGGCUUGAAAACAAUAUGGAUUAUAUGGCAACUGCCUCUCUAUCUCCUACUUCCCCACCAUGUGUCACACUGAAUUUUGACUUGGGUCCUUCUGCAGCUUACCUCUCCCCUCUUGCCCUUCACAAUGGCUUCUUGCAAUUAAGGAUUCAAAACUUUUGUUCUGAACUUCCCAUCUCUUCCUUAACACACAUUGGUCCAUUUCUGGAAGAUGAGCAGCCUACUGACAUUCUGCCCAUGACCAUCCGUAUCACCAACAGCAGAAUUGUCCUCAGGGAUGAUGGUCCACGGCUAUACCCCUCUGCAUUUAUCCCUGAGCCAGUCACCCUUGCAAUAGAGAAUCUAAGGGUGCAACGGAAUGAGGAUGGUAUCUUUUGCAUAACAGGGGAUGGUGAUAAGGAGCUACAUAAAGAAGAUCCAUCUCUUGCAUCUGAAAGUAAAGAGGAAUUACAGAAAAAAUUAUUAGCCACACAAGCCAAGUUAAAGCAGCAAGAGGAACAAGUGCAUCGUCUUCUUCAGGAACUCUGGAAAUAUAACCCUAACUUCCAUCUUUAAUGCUUACGGAGGAGCAUGUAAAAUACUUCAACUGUUACUACUACCAAUUAACCCAGAGUUCCCACUAGUUGUAUUUGUAUGUUAAGAAAUGGCUAAUGGCAGCUGUUAAAUCAGCAACAUACAUAACGUAUGCCAGAUUUUUUCCAGCCAUGAAGAAACCUUAUUAGUGGAGGGCAGAGAUUCACUAGUGCACAAAGUACUUAACAGAAGUAUCAAAGUAUAGAUUUAUGGAUCAUUCAAUUGAGGCGGUAAAUGAUGUACACAAAAAUGGCAACAAGUACUGGGGGUUUUAUUUUUUUGUAUGGAUAAAAUGGGAUCCUUGAAAUGGAUAGGCACAAAAAC